UCAUUGUAAUUUCAGAGUGUUUAUUAAAAAAGAAGAACCCAAAGAAUGGCUUCUACGCCAGACCCUGGCGGCUGUUCCAGGUUUGCUAAACUAGGAAUGGCAAUAAACGAAGAACUGACCCAGGCCUGUAGAGAUGUCUUAGAAAUGGAGGUACCUCCUGGUCUUGUCUAUAGCAAAGUGAAAGCCUCAUCAAUUUAUAAGAAAAUACGUCCCGAGCAAGAACUUCGUCUCAUAGGCGCCAAAACAGAUGGUUAUAAAGAAUUUGAUAUUACUUUGUUAUAUACACUGAUAAGAAACAUUUGUACAACAAUUCCUCGUCCGACAAAAGGUUGGGGUGGGAACUCGAUGCCGUCUGUAGGAGAAACAACGAUUGGUGAUGAUGUUGAAAGGAUCAGGUUGAUAAGAAACAACAUGUUUGAACACAUAAGCUCGGCUUCUACCUCACAGUCAGAGUUCGAUGACACAUGGCAAAUAAUAACUAAUGUCUGCCAAAGACUGCAAACGUACACAAAGAAAGAUUAUAUGUCUGGCCUGAGUAAUAUUCAAAGUCAGGCCUUAGAAGAGGAAAAUGAAAAGGCCAUAAUUGAAAAUCUUGAAGCCAGUUACAAAAGUAUUACAGAUCUUAUGGAAAAGAUGUCUUCUUUGGAAUCACAUUUGUUAGGAAUUCCAGUAGUAGAUGAGAUUCUUAAUGCCUGGCGAGAAGAGAACAAGACUUUUGUUCCUACAAAAGCAAGUAGGAUUGUCGAAGAAAUGUUUAAAAGUCAUAACCUAGUCAUAGUGGUCGGAAAUUCUGGAUCUGGCAAAUCGGCGAUUAUUCAGCAUAUUGCACUCAAGCAUAAAUAUCAGGGCAGUAAUGUUAUACCAGUGGAUGAAGUAAGAGAAAUAAAAGAGAAAUUUUCAUAUUCAACCAAAAAUGAUACCCUUUUUGUAUUAAAUGAUCCUUUAGGUAAAGAAUCUUUAGAUGAAAUAUUGUAUACUUUAUGGAAAAAUUAUCAAAACACGAUAGAGACUUGCUUGAAGAAAGCCAAACUUCUUUUGCCCUGUAGAAGAUGUGUUCUUUAUGACAAGAGAGUGAAGGGUAUUUUGUUUGAGGAAUCCACCAUAGUAGAAAUUGACACCGAAACAAAUCGAUUGACAGAUGAAGAGAAAAGAUCAAUCCUCAAUCAAUACACACAGAAUCGAGACCUUUCUGAUGAAAUUGUUUCCGAAAUAAUCAAAACAGAAGCAUAUUUCCCAUUGCUUUGUAAGCUUUUUUCUAGGCCAGUUUACAAGGAAAAUGGGCUUGACUUCUUUAAAUCUCCGAAAAGGUUCAUUAAACAAGAAAUAGAUAUUUUCAAGAGAGUAGACAAGAAGAAAUUAUGUGCUCUUAUUUUAGUUGUAGCUUUUAACAACAAUCUAAAAAUAGAUACAAUUGUAAGGAAUGAUGAUUCUCAGGAGAAAUAUAAAGACAUUUUAGAAAUGUGUGAAUUACCAGAAAACACACAUAUUUCGAUUUUUCGCAGUACUCUCCAAGAACUUAAAGGAUCAUAUGUCAAACGUGUAGGAAAUUCUUUCCAAUUUCUUCACGACUUUAUUAUGGAGAUAACGACUCUUGAUUGUCCACAAGAAACAAUACAGUACGCAGAGAGUGGUUUUCUGAGACGUCGGGUGAAGAUAGAGGACGAUAGAGAAGAGGAAGAUCGCGAUCCCUUCACUGUUUACCUUCCUGAAGAGUACAUUGAUGAUCUCGUGGACAGGUUUAUCAUUGAUAUGCAAACAGAACAUAUUGUAGAUGUUCUAUUAAAUCCAUGUUUGAGAAAUAAAUGUGUGAUAAGAGAUUUUGAAGACAAAAUUGAAUUAUUAGAAAAUCUAUCAAACAUUCUCUCAGGUAUUAACGGGGUUUUAAGAGAUAUAUCAGAGUUUGGAAAACCGUUUAGUGAUUUCAGCAUAUCAAGACUAACUUUUCUUGACUGGAGAGUCUUCCAUAACUAUGAGAUUAUUCCAGAGUUAAUAAGACUCGGUGCAGACGUCAACAUGUUGAGUGCUGGUGAUGUUUGGACUCCGUUAAUUUUGGCAGCAGGGAAUGAUGACGAACAUUUAAGAGAAGCUGGAAAGAAAACAAAAGAAAGAGAAAGACGUAAUAAAACCAUUUCCUUUUUAUUGAACUAUGGCGCCAAAAUCAAUUUAUGUGGCGACGAUGGAAAACCUCCUCUGUGGAUUACUUGUCAAAAGGGAUAUACAAGCACAGUACAAGUGUAA